CAUGUCUCCAGAGUAUGCAAUGCUUGGACAAUUUUCUGAGAAGUCAGAUGUUUUUAGUUUUGGUGUCAUUGUUUUAGAGAUUAUUACUGUAAAAAGAAAUAUAAGUCCUUAUGAUCCAAAUCAUGUUGCGGAAGGCCUCACAAGUUAUGUAUGGAGACAAUGGAUAAAUGAAAAUCCAUUAAUCAUAUUGGAUUCAAAAAUAGAAAAUUAUUCUCUUAUUGAAGUUAUUAAGUGCAUACAAAUUGGUUUGUUAUGUGUUCAAGAAAAUCCAAAUGCCAGACCAACAAUGUCAAAUGUUGUUUCAUAUCUUAACAGUCAUUCCCCAGAAUUACCAUCACCACAAGAACCAGCAUUUUUCAUACACAGCAGAAUCAAUCAAGAAGUAACAUCACAAAUGGAAUCAAGUUCUACCAAUAAUUUUGUAUCAUAUUCUGUUAACGAGAUAUCUAUGAGUGAAGUUUAUCCUCGACAAUAG